CUGCCGUACCUUCGGUCGGUGGUGCGGGAGGUGCACCGGAUGCGACCUUCGAUCCCCGUGAGCCUCAUGAAGCGGACCGCCGCCGAGGUCGACAUGUGCGGCUACACCGUGCCCGCCGGGAGCCUCGUCAUGCUCGACAGCUUCUCGCCGCAGAAUGACCCGGCGCUGGUGCCGGACGCGCACGAGUUCCGCCCGGAGCGGUGGCUCCCCGACGCGGUUGUGGCGAGGAAGGGGACGGCGGCGGAAGUCAUCGACCACCCGCUGUUGCGCGCGCCCUUCUCGGCGGGCGCCCGGAUGUGCCCCGGCAACAAGAUUGCGAACUUCGAGCUGCUGACGAUGGUGGCGCAGCUGGUGCAGGACUGGGAGUUUGAG